AUGGGAGAAGUGCAACAGCAAAGCAAAUACUAUCCAGCGUUUAAGUUGUCCAGACAAGAUUACAAAUUUCAGGAAGGAGUCCGCCUUGAAGUCUGUGGCUGCACUCAAGGUUCCCAGCAGAAUGAAGGUCCCGGGGAAGACAGCUCACAGGACAGCCCAGCUCCAACACUCAACCCAGGCAAUCAAGAGUCUUCCUCUUCCGUGAACUUCACUGCAAUACCCCUCAGGGAGGGAGACGGAAUUGUUCCUGCUCUAGCCCGAGCGGUCUCCUGGAAAAUUUUGAUUUGUCUCAAAAUGUGA